UCCAAAAUCCCCAAACCAGACGGCGAAGCAGGGCGCCCGGCUCGUGGGGGAUACAACCUGGAAAGGGCACUCAACUGGGAUUCUAGUCAAUUCAAGUUGUUAAGGGACUUUGUCCACCGAUCGAUCGACAAACAUUGCGACACUAGCAAGAGCAAGUCAAGCCAAAUGCCUGCAGCACUGAAUUCUGUUGAGACAGAGGCCGUCGUUCAAUUUCCGGAAUUGAAUGACUAUAUGGGGCGCUGGCCAGUGGGAGAUCUUAUACAAAUGCAAUUGAAAAAUCUUUCUGCUAAGGAGCGA